CAUGCAGUUGGUUGAAUAGUUUCCAAAUGGACAGGAGCAAGGGGAGCGUAGCUAUAUAGAAAGAAAACAAAGAUGGCGAAACCCUCCAUUGCAAUGAGCUUCGCUUCCGAAGCAAAAAUUGCAGACGACAUUCCUGGGGAAGAUGUAAUCAGAGUUCUGAAAUUUCUCCGAGGAGUUGGAAUCUCGGACCCUGUCCCAGAUGAGUUCGAUGCUAAAAAGGAUACCUACUCCGACAUCAUUCGUGACCUCCUCAAGCCCCUUCACAUCUCCCCAGGCCGUGUCACCUGCCUCGUAUCUGUGAAGCCUGCUGUCACUAAUUUCUAUUCCGGAUUUCAUGGAGGAGCUAUUGCUGCUGUUGCUGAGGCUGUGUCCAUGGCUUGUGCAAGAACUCUCGUGGCUAAGGAUAAGGAGCUUUUUCUGGGGGAACUAAGCAUUUCUUACCUCUCUAGUGCAACAAAGAAUGAAGAGGUGAUAGUUGACGCAUCUGUUGUGCGGAGUGGAAGAAACCUCUGCGUGAUAGCUCUUGAAUGGAAACUCAAGAAAACUGGGCGUUUGGUUUACACUGCUCGUGCUACCUUCUACCACACGCCUGUUGCAAAAUUAUGAUUUCUAUAGCACAUCUUGUCAAUUUGCUGCCAUCUGCAUGGUUAUUCCGAUAUAGAUCGCUAUUCAGUAACCAUAAGAUGAAUUAUAUCUACGUGUAUGCAUACAAUUACGUGCAACGGGGACAUGAAAGUUCUUUUCAUAUCUGUAGUGUCUUUGAUUUCAUACCCAGCAACCAUAUUUUGAUUGUUGAGCAAUUGCUACUGUUCUAUAAUUUGAAGGAAAGGAGACCCAAAGAAGUGUGUUUUGAGAGGAAA